UUUUCAGGCAGAGUAUGCCCUUUCACUGGAAAGAAAGCAAACAAAGCUAACAAAGUCUCUUUCUCGAACCACAAGACAAAGAAAUUGCAGUUUGUCAACCUCCAAUGCAAGAAGGUUUGGUGGGAAGCUGGUAAGCGCUAUAUAAAAUUGCGUUUCUCGACAAAGGCAUUGAAGACCAUUGAGAAGAACGGACUGGAUGCUGUUGCUAAGAAGGCUGGGAUAGAUCUUCGCAAGGAAUGAUAAUGACCAAAUUUUAAGAUUCCAGUGGUAGUUGGAGAAUUAUCUUCAAGAAAACAAAAAAAUUGUUGAUAAAGCACUGGCUAAUUUCUAUUCUUUUCCCUUUAUUCUCAUUUCCUCUUCUGUGUA